AUGCCGCGCGACCCUGAGACGGGAGUCGGGCGUGGGAAGCCGCAAGGUCGCCGGCGGCCUCGUGUUUGCACGGGCGCGCACACGCGGUCUGGCGCGGCGCCUCGUCCGCCCGACACAGAGGAGCACAGACUGCCCGCCCGACACAGAGGAGCACAGACUGUCCGCCCGGCACAGAGGAGCACAGACUGCCCGCCCGACACAGAGGAGCACAGACUGUCCGCCCGGCACAGAGGAGCACAGACUGCCCGCCCGACACAGAGGAGCACAGACUGUCCGCCCGGCACAGAGGAGCACAGACUGUCCGCCCGACACAGAGGAGCAAAGACUGUCCGCCCGACGCAGAGGAGCACAGACUGUCCGCCCGACGCAGAUGAGCACAGACUGUCCGCCCGACACAGAGGAGCACAGACUGUCCGCCCGACGCAGAGGAGCACAGACUGUCCGCCCGGCACAGAGGAGCACAGACUGUCCGCCCGACACAGAGGAGCACAGACUGUCCGCCCGGCACAGAGGAGCACAGACUGUCCGCCCGACACAGAGGAGCACAGACUGUCCGCCCGGCACAGAGGAGCACAGACUGUCCGCCCGACACAGAGGAGCACAGACUGUCCGCCCGACACAGAGGAGCACAGACUGCCCGCCCGACACAGAGGAGCACAGACUGUCCGCCCGACACAGAGGAGCACAGACUGUCCGCCCGGCACAGAGGAGCACAGACUGUCCGCCCGACACAGAGGAGCACAGACUGUCCGCCCGGCACAGAGGAGCACAGACUGCCCGCCCGACCCAGAGGAGCACAGACUGCCCGCCCGACACAGAGGAGCACAGACUGCCCGCCCGACACAGAGGAGCACAGACAGCCCGCCCGACACAGAGGAGCACAGACUGCCCGCCCGACACAGAGGAGCACAGACUGCCCGCCCGACCCAGAGGAGCACAGACUGCCCGCCCGACGCAGAGGAGCACAGACUGCCCGCCCGACGCAGAGGAGCACAGACUGCCCGCCCGACGCAGAGGAGCACAGACUGCCCGCCCGACGCAGAGGAGCACAGACUGCCCGCCCGACGCAGAGGAGCACAGACUGCCCGCCCGACGCAGAGGAGCACAGACUGCCCGCCCGACACAGAGGAGCACAGACUGCCCGCCCGACACAGAGGAGCACAGACUGCCCGCCCGACGCAGAGGAGCACAGACUGCCCGCCCGACACAGAGGAGCACAGACUGCCCGCCCGACGCAGAGGAGCACAGACUGCCCGCCCGACACAGAGGAGCACAGACUGCCCGCCCGACGCAGAGGAGCACAGACUGCCCGCCCGACACAGAGGAGCACAGACUGCCCGCCCGACACAGAGGAGCACAGACUGCCCGCCCGACACAGAGGAGCACAGACUGCCCGCCCGACACAGAGGAGCACAGACUCCACCACCAGCGUAG